GCAGCGCUACCGUGACAUCACCCCGCGGCUUAUAUAGUUGGGGAAGGGUCCGGGCGCCCCGCAUGGUCCCGCAGCCGCCCGCGGGGAGCAGCGCAGCAGAGCGGAGCUGCCGCGCAGCGACUCUCUUUCUCUCUGUCUCUCUAUCUGUCCGUCUCUCCCUAGGAUUUAUGGACUUGCCCUGCUAGCGGGACAGCACGAUGAGAACCCAGUUGGUGUGCGUGGCACUGCUGGCCCUGGCUGCCAGCAGCCUCUGCUCAGAUUCAGAAGAAGAAAUGAAAGCCUUAGAAGCAGAUUUAUUGACCAAUAUGUAUACAUCAAAGAUUAACAGAGCAAAACUUCCUUCCUGGAAAAUGACUCUGCUAAAUGCCUGCAAUCUUAUCAACAACCUAAAUAACCAAGUAGGAGAAACAGCAGAGGUAGAUGAAGAAGAUCUCAUUUCAGGAGGACAGUUUCCUGCUGCUCUGGAUGGCUUCAGCUUGGAAGCAAUGCUGACAGUAUACCAACUCCAAAAAGUUUGCCACAGCAGAGCCUUUCAGCACUGGGAGUUACUUCAACAAGAUGCUCUUGAUCUAGAGAAUUCAAGCCAAGAUAAGGAAAUAAUGAAGAGAAAAAAUCCCUAUAUUCUGAAACGACAACUACAUGUGAACAAAGCUAGAAGACCAUACAUACUCAAGAGAAGUUCAUAUUACUGAUGCAGCAGAAGAAAACUAUGUAUAUUUAGUUUAUAGGUAACUGUGCGUUAUGGUUAUCUUAUUUAAAAAUCAUACUUGUGUGAAAAUAUACUAUGGAAAAUCAAGAUGAUAACAUAAUUGUGUCUUUUUUGCAAUUGUUGUUUCUUGAAUGUGAUUUUUUCCUACUUGAGAUUAAUUGGACCAAUACAUUUGCAAAUAAAUCUAGUUUCUAAGCAUGA